AUCUCUACUCUUUAAAUAAGAACUGGAUACAUAACGUGAUCUCCUGCGUCCUACGGUUUCUCGUAACCAUGGCAACACCAUCAGUCUCCUGCUGCUUGGCUUCCCUGCUGUCAAACGUUGGGGAUCGGUAAAUCCUCGUCGGCGCGUUGCGUGACUUCGUUGCGGUUACGUAUUCACCUUGCCAUAAAUUGAGUGUUUUGUUGUAUUUGGUUUAGUCCUCACUGUGUGGACUUAAUUCGUGGCGAGUGCUGCCCGUUCGUUUCCGUCAGAUGUCGCGCCGGGGUCAAGACUCCUACUCGUCCCUAGGCCUAAUAACUGUGCGAGCAAGUGCCGUCGGAUUCCUCUGAUGUACUGCCGCCGUCACCAGCCCCUCCGCCCGCUUUAUUUUUGUUUCGUUCUGUCGGUAAGACUACCAGUUUCGAUUGUGUUCACUGAUAAUUUGCUUACUGCGACCUAUUUUGCGUAACGUUCGUCACGUCGUACAAUGAUGGCUUGCGCUCGGUAGGCAGAUCCGUUAUCACACCCCGAGGUGCCGACGAAACGGUGCCGGCUUGGCGAUCGGCACUUUUCAUAGUGCAACAUUCAAGUUGCACUUACGAAACUUGCGUUGAUUUAUUUUUCAUUCGUUUUUCGACCUACUGUAGCUGUAGCCAUUGCCUGUGUUGUUUUGGUUUCGCCUUGUCACAGUGAGCGGACCCAAACUGGGGACGGUGGCAUUCGAUGAGCUUCCUAGUCUCUUCAACACUUCCCCUGCGAUCGCUUAGAUUGCACACGCUACAUGAGUAAUGGGAGUUUGUUGCAACUCAGUAUGAGGGCGAUGCUCGCGUCACUCUUCUACGCCACCGACAAGUGAUCGAACAUUUCUCGCAUGACGUGGAACGAUCGAAGUGUCUAAGAGAGGGUCUUUCCCCCAAAUGGCGCCUCGCGCGGGCUUUGCCAGCGGCAGUGUCAUGAACUUCGCCGAAAACGCCCAUUGCAGCUGCGUAAUGCACAAACUGAGGCAGCAACAGGAGAGGGGGCGCUUCUGCGACGUCGUCUUGCACGUGGACGGGCGCCAGUAUCGGGCACACCGCAGCGUGCUGGCUGCCUGCAGCCCCUACUUCGACUCGAUCCUGAGAAUGCAGAAAGUGGCCGUGGAGCACCUCAGCAUCUCCUGCCGAAACCAAGCCGCUUUCCAGUCGUUCCUGCGGUACAUGUACUCCGGCUGCGUCAGCGUUCACCGGGGAAACGUCGCGGACCUUCUACAGCUCUCCAACCACUUCCUCAUCUUCAAGCUCAAAAACUACUGCGCCGAAUACCUGGAGCACAACCUCAAUCUGGCCAACUGCCUCGCCAUCAGGGAGAUGGCGGAAGCCAACAAUGUUCCUACGUUACUCAAGGCCGUGGCAAGUUUCGUGAGCGAGAAUGUGGAAGACGUCCUCAGUGACCCAAGGCUACUGCGUCUGGACAGGGAGCGGUUCGUGGCAUUCAUCUCGGAUCGGAGGCUCUGUCUUCCGCAGGGCGCUCCGCUGCUCAACUUAGUGACGCGCUGGGUCUCGCACGACCUGGAAGAACGAGAAGGCUGGCUUCGUCUGCUGCUCACGUACGUUGACUGGGCGGUUAUCGACCAAAACACGCUCUCUCAGUGUCUAAGCCGUGACCCGGUGUUUAAGCUCAGUCGCCGGUGCCUCCAUUUUCUGCUCGAGACGCUAGACAGUAACAUGGUGGAGGCACCCAAGUGCAGUAGUGCCGAGAAGCGGGAACAGCUGCGGCUGGAGUUCUCGCAGGCACCCGAGAGCGACUGGGAGAGUUUCAUGAACCUUGCCGUCUCUGCAGCCAUCGAAGCUCUGUGCGCGGAGAUGUCGGGGGAGGCACGGGGCUCACCUGGCGCUCCGAGGUCGGCCGCAGAGGAGGAGGACGACGACGAGACGCUGUCGUCAGAUGACUGUGGCGAGCUGCUGGACGAAGAUGACGGCAGUGAGAAUACGCUGGGGAUGGGGGAGGACGUGAUUCACCUUCGUCAACAGCAGGCAGCAGUCGACGACGAGAACAGCACGGAAGGCGAGAGCGACGAAAAACACCACAUUCUCCGCAACCUGUUGGUCGGGAAGGAAGACACCGAAGCUGCAAAGACCUCAGAGCCCGAGGCCACUACGGACGACUCGAGUAACGGACAGACAGCAAAGCUGCCAUCCUUUGUUUGGAAAGCAGGCGUCAAGUGUGAGCACUGCAGCUACGUCAGCUACGGCGCGGCGAGACUGGAACAGCAUGUCACCAAGGCGCACGGCAAGGGCAAAACGUAUGCAUGCCCCAUGUGCACGUACACGUGCAAGUGGAACCGCGAGUACUACACCCACAUGAAGCACCACUUCAGCAGCGACGGCGAGGGGCCGUUCCAGUGCGAUUCGUGCGCGUACAAGUGCGAGCGGAUACAACUGCUACUCCUGCACCGCAUGAGGCACACGGAUGAGAGGCCAUACCAGUGCGGCGCGUGCGACUACCGGUGUCGUCAGAAGACCAACCUGGUGGCGCAUAUGCGCUGUCACACCGGCGAGCGUCCAUUUGCGUGCGACCUGUGCGGCCGCGCCUUUGCACUCAAGUGCACCUUGGAGCAGCACCUGCAGAGCCACCGCAACGACCGUCCCUACCUCUGCGAUGUGUGCGGCUUCACGGCCAAGUACCAGUCUCAUCUGCUUUCCCAUCGCCGCUUGCACACUGGAAACGUCUUCCGCUGCCAGUUUGCCGGCUGCACAUACGUCUCUCCGAAACGCAGCCAGCUGGAAGCCCACAUGCGGACGCACACGGCGGUGCGGUCGCACGUGUGCGCCGUGUGUGGGCGCGCCUUCAUCGAGCGCAGCCACCUCGUUCGGCACGAGCGGAUACACCUCGACGACAAGCCGUUCAAGUGUCUGGAGUGCGACUACACCAGCUCGCGGCGAGACAAGCUCAAGGAGCAUCAUGAGAAGCAUCACGGCGAGAACGCCACCGCCAAGGCACCCUACAGACCGCGCAAGACUUCUAGCAGCGCGGGGCAGAUGUUGGUCGACUCGGCACAGCUGAGCCUCGACGACACCUAUGUCUCGACGGACUCGCAGCUGGAUCCGACGGAUCCCGAAGGCCGCUACCUGGUAGUUCAAAUGCAGGCGUCGGGGCUCUCACUGUCACAGAUCCAGGCCCUCCAGUCACACUCCAGCCUGGACGACUCGUCCAGCAUGAUGUUUGUGGACCAACAGGGUUCACUCCUAGACACACAACUGGACCUGAGUGUAGACAAUCCCGAGGAAAUCUUGUCCGUUACUUUGAACGAACCUCUGAACUCCUCUUCAGAAAUCAGUGCCACUUCCUCGGAACUCAGUAACGUGAAUCCAUUUAUGACAUUCUUUUAAUUUAUUUCAGAAGAACUGAAGCAAGCUGCUCAUACAUCAUUGGGUUUGUUCAAGCAAGUGUUCUGCAUGAAAACACGACCAUUUUCACGUUUCUUGAGUGUUAAUGUAAUUCUGGAGUAGUAUUCGGGUGAGGGAAGCGUCUGUGUGUUUUAUUUUUGUUGUAUGCAAGGUUCACAGCAUGAGUUUAAUGGCAGUGAGAAAAGUGUAAAUACAUUCUUUCAGUGUACACAAGUACUAGUUCCUGUAAAGGCGGCGAUAUUCAGUGCAACCACUUUAUAUGCUGCCACCUAUUUUCCUUGUGCCAAGAUCUCUGGUGGUUGGUGCACACCAGCGUAGCUCGUUGAGCCACCCAACUUGUGUAGUUUCUGCACUAACUGAUGGUACCACAGGCUUUUCAAGGAUUGUGAGUUGACAUCACUGCUUUAGUAACUCUGGUGAAGCUAGUCCCAAUGCACAUCAUCACGUUCACAAACUCACAUCUACUUAGCGUUCCUCCUUAACAUUGCUGAAGAGAGGCCAGCUGUUCAUGUGUAGAUUGACUACCCUAUGCACAAUCAGUGAUAUAUCUUUAUUAGUACUUGGACUGGUUUAGUGGUGGCCAUCCCAUACUGUGCAACUGGUUUUUGUCGGACCAACGAAGCAUAACUUUCAUUGUAUGUAUGGUUGUUAUGAUUGCUGCAGUGAAUUCAUUGUAGAUAAUAUUCAGAUUGUUGAUACUAUCAAAAGCCUUUAGUGGUUAAAGCAUUGGCAUUGAUGGGUGUUUUCAAAGUAACUACUUGAAGUAACAUAAUUGAGGUAUGGUUCUAAUGCAUAAGAGUCCCCUACCUAGUUUGAUAUAUAGGCAUUGCACAAUGUGCAAACGGCCAUAUUCAUAAAUUGGGAGGACAUAUAAAGCGGUCAACACAAAUAGAUGGUUUGAAGUAGGAUUAGUAACAACUUAUGCUUGACACCCUCUUGAAUGAUGGUAGUCAAAAGCAGUGGAGAACAGUGUUUCGCAGCAUCUUGUCAGGCACUGCACAGAGAAGCAGCUUCGUUACGAGUUGCUGUGGAAGUUUGAAAACCGAUUGGAUUUGGAAUGUCUGUGGGGUCCAUGACAACUGUGUUUUGCCACUACUUGGGUUAAAAGCUUCCAAUUUUGUCCUACCCUCAUACAUCAUGCUCGCUGUGCCAUGGGGUAAAUUUUUGGCUCUCCAGGUGUUGCCAGCGUGACGUAUCUGAUGUCAACCGCCAUGGCCUGAUGCACUGCGCUGUGUCCGAGUCUUUAAAUGUGGCAGGUCUGAAUUCUCCACAUGCCAUUGCAGCUUUAAUUUGCAUAUGCAGUGACUGCAUGUGGUGAGAAAAAAAUCUUGUCCCAAUCGCACCCCACAGACUGUGACUAAAAUGAAGAUUAGCGGUGUCUUGCAAGUGACAAUCCUGUCUAUUCUCACUGCCUCAUAUGCUUCUGGAUAGGGAUUGUAAAAUUGUAGGCCUGAGCCUUGGAAGUGGGAGAUGGCUUCACAAAGCAAUUUCCUACUCGUGUGGUGCGACUUAUAGUUCCCUACAGAAAUUGAGAGAGGGAAAUGUGGGGCUAGUGUCUGGUGUAGCUGCGAGUAUAGCACUGCAGACUGCACAGGAAUCGUGAGCAGGUGGCUGAUUUGCCUAAACUUUGACCCAGCUGCGGAGUUGCCAGUUCCGCUUAUAAUAAGCAGAUUUGGGCUUCUUUUUUCGCCAAGUCGCUUGUAGAUUUUUCCUGUCGCUUGUCGCGUUUUCUGGGCUCAUUUGCAGUUUUCCAGCAAAUAUACCUAUUUUAGUGAUCACCACAUUCACCAAUAGGGAGUUUGUCGACGACUUUGUGUAGUUGAGUGUUGAAGUCAAACAUACGUGGGGGUAAUCAACAAGUAACGUUAAUCAUGCACUGGCAAAUGUGCAUGUAACCGAACGAAGAGUGUACCCUGGAGACAAUGAUAAAAAGUAAAUAUGUGCUUUCCUUUAUAGUUGCGCAUAUUUUCACUGUACAAAAUAAUUAAUGUGAUUUUUUUCAACUCCCCUUCGUAAUUGAGUGGCAUUUUUUGUUGCAAUUAAAAAUAUUUUCAAGUAUGAAAAAAUUUAUUAACUUUUCGCUUCUUUUGGCCUUCUUUUGCGAUGAUUAUUUGCUUGUUAGCUCGGUAGCAUCUGGCAACUCUGCCCAGCUGCAAUCAGGUGAUUGCAUUAAGUCGCUUUGUAAAGGCUAACUUCGGCGAUUUUUUUUAUCAUGUCAAAGUAGUGGUGCUUCGAUGUUCCUGAGAUGCUCCUAUCAUGGGUCCAAUAGUAGAAAUACCCUGCAAAUUGGACAAUAAUCUUACAUAAGCAAAAUAGCGCAAAAACGAAACCCAACUGGGCAGUACUCUCCUUGCGCGGCAUAUAAGCUGGUGAAAACUGGAAAUCGUGCAAGGCAUGCCGGUCCCGCAAGCGUGUAUUAUGAAAGCGACGAAGAGCAGACGCUAAGUGGCAAGGUGACCAUGCCGCAACAGCUGUACCAUGUCUGACUGACCGUGCCACAUGCACAAGCUCCUGGGAGCUGUCGGACAAUGACAGCUGCGAUUCAGACGCAUUUGGAGGCCAACUACAUCCUCUUCCAUGAAGUAGAGCAUACCUGUUUAGUUAUGUGCUUGUCUGGAUUUGCAUUCCAACGCCAGAUGGCACUAUCUGUCCAUGCGGCUGGCGCAAUCGGGUAUAAUGUCAACGCUAAAAAGUUUGCACACAAUCUGAAACUUUAAUAUUGCUAUGGGAAGAGUGCACAAGUUUGUGGAUAGUGGUGCUCCACAUCGCAUUGUUAGGGUCGAUGAAAUUUUAUACAAGCCAAGCACGAGCCACCGUUUGCACAAUGCACAGCUUAUUACCAUAUACAGAUAGGCAUGGUCAUGGUGGACUCUGUAUACGUUACGGAAGGUGUUUCUGUACGGUAAUGUUUGCGCAUGUGCACUCUUCAGCCGGUAUGGCAUUACUGUUCUUUCCGUGCAGUAAACGGACACUGCUAGCUCAAACACUAAUAUCGAGACGUAGGGUAAUCGUUAGCCGAGAGUGUUUAGUGACUGUUAAGGUAA